AUGAUUAUACGCGGAGGUUUAACGCAAGUUAAUCAGCGUUAUGCUCGAGCAAACUACCCAGAUGUCCCCGACUACAACUCCAACUUGCCUCACAAAUACCUUCAGUAUUUGGAUGCUACUAAUUUGUACGGGACAACCAUGAUGGAACCUAUUCCGUUUGGAUAUUUUGAGUGGUCGACCGCAACACUGGAAGAAGUACUGAACACCCCCGACGACGGUGAUUACGGAUACCUGGUGGAAAUUGAUGCAUAUUAUCCUCGUGAAUUGCAUGAUUUACCAUUUUUUCCGGUAAACAAGGGAUCACCAUUGUCGUCUUCGAAACACAGCAAGUUGAUGACCAUGUUACAACCAAAACGUGGUUAUAUCGUGCACUACCGCGCACUAAAACUAGCUAUGAAACACAGUGUGGUCGUAACAAAACUGCAUAAAUGUAUAAAAUUUAUGCAAUCCCGCUGGUUGGCACCGUACAUUCAAUUGAACACGGAUUUGCGUAAAAAAGCGACCACCACAUUUGGACAAAACAUGACCAAACUGAUGAUCAACUCAAACUAUGGUAACAUAUAA